CCAAAGAAAACAACGAAAGUCUUGUGAUGUGUCAUCGACGAUAAUCGCCUCUGUGUUCUCUUUUUGCUUCCUCCGUUCGCUGAAGAAAUCGCGACGUCGUCGUGUCCAGUGCCAGUGUCCGAGUAGAGAUCCGAGAGUGUAACCGAGCGAAGCGCGUACGCGAUCGCGAUCACCCAGCAAUCAUUUCGCUGUAUCUUGAUCCUCUUUUUCCCCGUUUUUUAUUUAGAGCAACACUUUCUUUUCGCCUGCGCCUCGUUCCGCCGUGCGAUAAGUUAACCCGGAAGUGUCCAUAGCGGUGGAAGCUCCCGUACGUGCAAUCCCUCGGAAUCAUUGAGUUGCCCUUGGGGAAAGGAAUCCACCCCCCUGCAGUUGAUAGUGGUUCUGCAGUCGAGCAGUCGAAGGUCGUCGCGGGUGUGACUAAUUUUUCUUUCUGUGAAAAUAUUUAGAGCGCGGAGAAGAAGGAAAGUUGGGGUGCCCUGUGGGAAGUAAGAAGAUAGUGAAACCAUGUUCAGUUGGCUGAAACGGGAACCCAAAGCGGAGGAGGUGGUGGAAAAUGUGCUCGGGGAGUUGAAAAAGAUCUACAAGAGUAAGCUGCUUCCGCUGGAGGAGCACUACGCCUUCCACGAAUUCCACUCCCCGAAGUUAGAGGAUCCGGAUUUCGAUGCGAAGCCGAUGAUUUUGCUGGUCGGUCAGUACUCGACCGGUAAGACGACGUUCAUUCGGUAUCUGUUGGAGCGAGAUUUUCCGGGCAUUCGGAUUGGGCCGGAACCGACGACGGAUCGAUUCAUUGCGGUGAUGUAUGACGACAAGGAGGGCAUGAUUCCCGGCAAUGCCCUGGUCGUUGAUCCGAAGAAGCAGUUCAGACCUCUGGAGAAGUAUGGAAAUUCGUUCCUGAAUCGGUUCCAGUGUUCGACAGUGCCUUCGCCAGUUUUGCGGGCAAUCUCGAUUGUGGAUACUCCCGGUAUUUUGUCCGGAGAGAAGCAGCGAGUUGACCGCGGUUACGAUUUCACCGGGGUUUUAGAGUGGUUCGCUGAGCGAGUGGAUCGUAUCAUUCUGCUGUUCGACGCACACAAGCUGGAUAUUUCGGAUGAGUUCCGGCGAUCGAUCGAGGCUCUGCGCGGGCAUGACGACAAAAUCCGGAUAGUGUUGAAUAAGGCGGACAUGAUCGAUCAUCAACAACUGAUGCGCGUUUAUGGUGCUCUCAUGUGGUCGCUGGGUAAGGUGCUGCAAACUCCGGAAGUGGCCCGCGUCUACAUUGGGUCCUUCUGGGAUCAACCACUGCGGUACGAUGUGAAUCGUCGCCUCUUUGAGGAUGAGGAACAGGAUCUGUUCCGUGAUUUGCAGUCUCUUCCUCGGAAUGCCGCACUACGGAAACUCAACGACCUCAUCAAGCGAGCCCGCUUGGCCAAGGUUCACGCAUUUAUAAUUGCAGAACUUCGAAAGGACAUGCCCUCGAUGUUCGGCAAGGAUAGCAAAAAGAAGGACCUCAUUAAAAAUAUUGGACAGGUGUACGAUCGCAUUCAGAAGGAGCACCAGAUUUCCCCUGGGGAUUUCCCGGAUAUUAAAAAGAUGCAAGAGGUGCUCGCCAAUCAGGAUUUCAGCAAGUUCCACUCGCUGAAGAUCCCACUGCUGGAGGUAGUCGAUCGGAUGCUGGCCACGGACAUUGCCCGGCUGAUGAGCAUGAUUCCGCAGGAGGAGAUGACAAUGGUGUCGGAACCGCUGGUCAAGGAUGGAUUUGUAUCGCUGACACCACGUGGAGCCUUCGAAGGAGUGGAGGAUGUUGUGUCACCCUUCGGCUACCGCAAGGGAGAAGGCAUCGACGCCGGCUACGGCGAAGUGGACUGGAUUUGCAAUCGGGACCGCGAGCGUACCGAUCCCAUCUUCGAAUCGCUUAAACCGAUCAAUGGAAAGAUCUCCGGUGCCGCGGCUAAAUCCGAGCUGAUCAAGUCGAAACUGACCAACAAUGUGCUGAGUAGAAUCUGGAAACUGUCCGACUACGACCAGGACGGUUUUCUCGAUAUCGAAGAGUUCGCCCUGGCGAUGCAUUUAAUCAACGUGAAACUGGAUGGCAACGAGCUGCCGACUGCCCUGCCAGCGCAUCUGGUUCCACCCUCGAAGCGAAACGGUGUUGUGGAGUGAAUGAUAUCCAUAGCCACGAAAGUUUUCUUUCUCCUCGCGGUAUUUAUUAUUGUAUUUUGAGAACUAUUCUAUUCUUCUUUGGUUUUUCCCCUGUUUCUCCUAUUCAUCUAUAGAUCGCUUUUUCCAAUUUUCCAAUUUAGAAACCACCCCCUACAAAUCGUAUUAUGGGCAUAUAUUGUUGCCAACCUUGUAUUUGAUAGCUAUGUAUGGAAGAGCGGUCAACUGCGUGGUCAAGCAGAGUGUGGUUUCACUUUUGUCGCGUUUCUUUUCCACCUUCAUCACCUAUCUUAGACCAAAAAUGGCACAAUAUCGUAAAAACAAACAGACGACGAACAUAAAACUGGUCGUACGAGCGUGUUACCCCGUUUCCAAAUCUUGAUUUCCGAGCAGAAAACUUCUCUGUGCAAUUUAGUCGCGUCCACUCGUCGUCGAUCAAACCAGCGACGACGUGCGAGCGAAUGUGCGGAUACAUUACGAUAAGAGAGCAUCACAUCUAAUUAAAACACGUUGCAACCUAAUUUAUUUAUAAACGAAACAAGGAGCAAAAUCAGAGUCAGCAGUGGCAGGCGUGGGGGCGACACGCAAAUAGACAGAGCAGCAUGAAUAGAAAUUAGGAGAAGGAUCGAUGUUUCGUUAAUAUUACUUUUUUGUUUUAUUUGUAAGAGUUUUAUUUCUAGCACGAAUCGAUCCAAACUGUCGCGACGUCUUUGCUGCUGGUUUCAGUGUAAUAUUUACCUUGUGUAUUGUGCAAACAUCGUCGGUUUUUCUGUUUAUCGGAACAAAACAAACAUAUAAAAAAACAAUGUGAAUUAUAUUUUUAUAGGUAGUCGAAUAAAGAACGAGUAAGCUGCAAUAAUAGUAA